UUGGGAAUUUCAGUGGAAGCAGGCUAUUAGUUGGAAAAACGCUUCCUGUAACAUCGCAGCAUCGCACAGAUAAAUGGAGUAACGGAGAGGAGGGGGGGUUGUGCAGAAAAACUUGACUUCCAGUGAUGGUCAGUCAACUCAUGUGGACUUUCCGCUUCUCGGGUACCAAUAAUGCGUCUUAUUAUUACCAUCACAGACGCUGCUGCUGUUGCUGCUGCCGUGUAGCCCACAAGGGACAGGUCACCACGUCGGCGAGACAGAAUAAAAAGUGAGCUUGAGCUCAGGGCGACUGAGCUGCAGCGGCUACUCCGGCUGAGGACGCAACACGGGACUCGGAUCCUCUCUACGCGGCUGUGCUCUCUCUACUUGGAGCUGAGGACGAACCACGGAUGCUCUGCGAACAUUCAUAUGACUUCAGAAGACAUAAGAGCAGACUUUAAGGGGACAUAUUCCGGACCGGAGGCAAUCAGGAUCACACACCAAAAAGUUGCGCACACUUUACAUUUGCUUUAUUGCUGGACGCACGGGACGUAACAGCACGUGGUGGCUUUUUGGUGAAGCUUUUGUAAAGGUGUCCGGUGGAAGGAGUUCACUUCUUGGUAUUUUUUUCUCACGCUAUGAGCGGACUGCGCAGGCACUUCAUCAUGGGACUGGUGCUACUGAUGUGCACGCUGACCGACCACUGCGGCGAGAGCGCGCCCUCGUCGGCCCCGACGGCGGUGGGCGGCGGGGACGCGCAUCGGGACUUCAGGCGGAUGGUGGAGAUCAUGAAGCACGUGGAGCAGAGCAGGGGGAGCCACGGAGCGACAACACAAGCCCCGGUAACGUCACGGGCGAGGAGCUCUCCGGAUUUUCGCUACUCGAGGACAGACCGGGGGAAUCCGGCUGUGGUCGUAUUUCCCAGAGAUCUACGAAAGAAGGAGAGAUUCCUACAACUUCUAACAGGUCCGCUCUACUUCAGCCCCAAGUGCAGGAAGAAUGUGUACCGAGUUUACCACCACACUAGAGACUGCACCAUACCUGCAUACUUAAAAAGAUGUGCGCGACUUCUGACACGGCUAGCUGGCAGCCCGCAGUGCACAGAGGGGUAGCACGCACAAGGUUGAAGCCAAACAUGAGUACUCCAGAAGAAAAAAAUCUUGGGAAAAAAGUGCCUUGGACAGUAAGAGGGAAGCCUGAAUCUGACCAGCCCCGACUGAUAUUAGGUACAACAUUGUCCUUCACUGAGGUCUCUUCUGCUACGGCGUGGAUCGCUGCCACCCACCUCUGUCUGGGCCUCGAUGGUUCGCUGUCAUCACAAAGGAAGCACAACCGGGCGACACAACCAGACAGGAUAGAGACGGUGAAACCCAAGAGCGGAGCUGGAAAAGAAACAAACGGCUGAAAGAAGAAAAAAAAAACCACGCGGGGCCU